GAAAGGCUCUAGUAAAGCGCGCAGAGGAAGCAUCGGAAUUACCCCAGCUGAUCGGCCGCGGUUUCCAGUGUCGAUACACUCCAUUUUAUGACUGUUGGCAGGGUGGAUAAAGAAAAAAAAGAAAGAAUACACAUAAAAUAGGCGAUGGCGCUUCCAAAGAGAGGUGACUUGAACGAGGAGGAGACAGCAUUGCUUGAAGUCAUCAGCAGCGGAAACACCGAAGAAGCGUCAAGACUCCUUGGCAGCAAGACCGUCCGUGUGAAUUGUUUAGAUGAGCAUGGAAUGACCCCUCUAAUGCAUGCAGCAUAUAAAGGUAAAACUGAUAUAUGCAGACUACUGAUGCAACAUGGAGCUGAUGUAAACUGCAACAAUCAUGAAUAUGGGUAUACUGCCUUAAUGUUUGCUGGACUGUCAGGCAAUAAAGAAAUAACCCGGAUGGUGUUAGAGGCUGGAGCAGAGAUUGAUGUUGUCAAUUCUGUGGGGAGAACUGCAGCUCAGAUGGCUGCUUUUGUGGGUCAGCAUGAUUGUGUAACAGUUAUCAACAACUUCUUUCCACGUGAAAAGCUAAACUACUACACAAAACCACAAGGACUGGAUAAAGAACCCAAGCUUCCAAUUAAGCUAGCUGGACCUCUACAUAAGAUCAUUACAACUACUAAUUUGCAUCCUGUUAAGGUUGUGUUGCUGGUGAAAGAAAAUCCUCUUUUGGCAGAAGUUGAAGCAAUGCAGAAAUGUUACAAAAUAUUGGAUCUGAUCUGUGAGAAGUGCAUGAAGCAGAGAGAAAUGAAUGAAGUCCUUGCAAUUAAAAUGCACUACAUUAGCUGCAUUUUCAAAAAAUGUAUCAUUUUCCUUGAACGAGAAGACAAAUUGGAUGGAUUAAUCAAAAGCCUGUUAAAAGGCAGAGAGAGAGAUGGAUUUCCAGUUUAUCAAGAGAAGAUCAUCAGGGAAUCUAUUCGAAAAUUUCCUUACUGUGAAACUACCUUGCUGCAGCAGCUUGUGAGAAACAUUUCUCCUGUUGAAAUUGGUUCUGAUCCCACAGCAUUUUCUGUACUUACACAAGCUAUUACUGGCCAAAUAGGCUUUAUAGAUGCUGAAUUUUGUACAACAUGUGGGGAAAAAGGAGCAGACAAAAGAUGUUCCACAUGCAAAAUGGUUAUUUACUGUGAUCAGACUUGCCAGAAAAUGCACUGGUUUACACACAAGAAAUCAUGCAGCAUGCUAAAGAAGAUUUAUGAGAAGCAGAUGGUAGAAGCAGCCAAAGAAAAAAAUAAAGAAGCAGCACAAACUGCAGAAUCUAUUUUAACAAGUGAAGAACAGUCUCCUGAACCUGAAACUCAUAAAGAAAUGGAAAUAAAAAGUACUGGAGACCAAAGUGAAGUGAUCCCCAGCAUAAAAAUGACGGUGUCAUCUCCAGCAGUUUGUAACUUUCUUGAAGAGGAAACUACUUCAGAAAACAUUGUUAGUGAAAAGGUUCAAGAAUCUGAAGAAUAAACAGUACUUUUUAAAGAGUGUCAUCUGGAUCCCAGUCUAUAGACUGGAUUUUACAAUAUGCUAAGUGCUCAAUGACAUACUGUAUUACAAUUUUUAUAUCAAGUAUAACUCACAGAAUUGUAGAUUGUAAUAAAGAGCUUAAAUAGCUGGUUAAAAUCAAAAUAAUAUAAACCCAUCUGUUUUUGUUCCUGUGUACCUUAGAUAUGUUUUUUUAAAAAACAGUUUAAAUAGAUUCUUGUUGCAGUGCAAAAAAGCUUUAUAUUUAAUUCAAGCCAGUUUAAUCAAGUUACUACCAUAAUAUCUGAAAUAUAAACACAGGCAGUCCUCGACUUAUGACUGGUUGCUUAGUGACUAUUUGAAGUUAUGGUGGACCUUCUGCCAAAGUUAUUUAAACUCCUGUUUCAAAAUUACACCUUCUGCAGGACCUCCAAGGCCAUUUGUUCUUAUGACCAACCACAGGGAUACUACAGCAACACCUCUGCCUAUCUCCCCCACAUCUGGGUUCCACAUGCCUUGGGCCCCCUUCCCACCCACAAGGCUCCACAACCUCCUCCUCACCUUUAAAAGGUAUCUGAUUAGGAAAGGAGGAUAGGUAACGCUGUUCCUGGACCUCAUGGCCAGUUAUGGGUAUAAUCCCAUAACUGGCAACAAUUUGGGAGAAGUAAUCUAUUGACUUGGGGCCAUUCAGAAAAUGGCACCCACUUUCAGGAUUGUACCACACAGCUCAGAAAUGAGGACCCCUGUCAUUUCCUAAUCCUAGCUCCAGAGUUUGAAAAGUAAAUGAGGAGACUGUAGGUUCUGUUGCGGUGGAAACAAAUCCAAGGCCUUCAAGGAUUUUGUCUUUCUUGGAUUCCACCCCCCCCCCUAUUUUAACUGUUUCUAGAUCUCUACCAAUAAUGGACAGUCUCUAUUAUGGUUAUCAGUCGAGGAUUACCUGUACAUUAAAAUUCCUAGUUUUCAUUUAGUAUGCUACUUGCCAGUUUCUGUUAAACAGUAUUGCUAAUCUAUAUUGAUUUAAUUAAUUUUCAUUAUAAAUGUUCAGUUAUAGAGCUUUUUUCAAAACAAAUUAAGCAUAGUGUUUGCUGAAAAAUUGACAAAUAACAUCUUGACUAUAUUUUAAGUAUUAGUGAUGCUUUAAUAAUAUAAUCAAAUUAAUCUUUGAACAAUAUGUUAUCAUGCGUAAUCUGGAAUAGAUAGGCAUGUAACUCCUUGAAGCUAGAUUUUCUGAGGGGAGAGUGGGAGGACAGAUAAGAGUAAAAGAGCUGAAUUCCACAAAUUUUCUUGAAUUAUACCUGACUUUCAUUAUAUCCCAAAUUGUAUUUUUAGGAAAAGUAGAAGUACAGACAGUAGUGUUAAAAGUAUUCAGAAAUGUCAAUGUAUUGUCAAUUUCUCUCUUUGCAAGUGGAAUGGAAGUACAAAUUAUGCAAGACAGCUUUUUAUUUAGAAAGGAACAAAUUUAAAUAUACUUCUAGCUAUCCAAAGUU